CAUUAUAUAUACAUUUUUAUACAAUAUAUACAAAUCCAAACAUCAUUCUUUACUUAAAAAUUUUAAAAUUUGAACUCGAAAUCUGAAAUGAAAAGGAAAAAGAGCAGAUAACUUGUCAUCAUUUGGGGCGUAAAGUGUAUUAUGGGCAUAUAGUUCAAAAUUGAACCAUUUGUUUUUUAAUUUUGAUGAUCAUGUCAUGACAUUAUUUUCUUAUUUUAUUUGUAGCUCAAUUAAUAUAAAUUUCAUAACUAGUAUCUAUAUAUAAUAGAUCGUGUCCGUACAAUGAUUAUAUGAUGAACGUACCAGAUCAAUUUAAACCUCUAUAUAUUGAUUCUUUCUUCGCUCAUUAGGGUUACUUGAUUUUCUCUGUACAAUUUCAUCGCUGACGGCGGUCGCUCUUCUCAACAAUAAUGUCUUCUCAAUCAACUCUUCUCUCUUCUGGCAGCAAUGAUGAGGAAAAUACUUUUCACUCUUCCAGCAACAAUAAUGAGGAAAAUGGUUGCUUAGAAUCGAAGGGUCUCCGAGUAGAAGGGAAAAUUUAUGGCAAAACUGACUUUGGAUAUUUGGUGUAUUUCAAAGUGGGAUCUGAUGUAUGCAAUGGAGUAAUCUACCGACCAAAAGAACAAGCCCCGUCUCGCAACGCGAUAGGAAAACAACCUCUACCUCCUAAGGUAGGGGUAAAGGUUUGCGUUACACAAACCCUACUUAUGAGAUUACACUGUGUUUAUGUUGUUGUAGUAUUGAACGAGUUCGAUAUUGAUUGUUUUAGUGUAUACAUACAGGUCUACAAAAAGUAUGCAAAGAAAGACAAGGAAAGGCACUAGAAGGAAUGGAAGGAGCAGAGAUAUAGUUCA